UCUGCCGGGGACUCUUCAGACCGGCUGCUGCUGCCCCCCCCCCCCCCCCCCCCCCCCCCCCCCACCCCCCUGCCUGCUGCCUCCCACCCGUCUCCCGUCUCUGAUGAAGCUGCAGCAGCGGCGGCGGCGGCGUGCCUCCGACCCAGCGCGGAUCCGGCCCGUCCCGCGUCUGUUCCGCGUCCCCGUUAUGGCUCCGCGGCCCCGGAGCGACGCAGCGCGCCGCGGCCCCCUCGCGGCCGAGUGAGCGAGGGGAGGAUGCGACUCCCCAGUUCCAUCUUUGUGUCUGUGUCUUUGUUCACGGCCGAGACCACGGCAGCCCUGUACCUCAGCUCCACGUACCGCUCCGCCGGGGACCAGAUCUGGCAGGGGCUCACGCUCCUCUUCACGCUCGUCCCCUCCGUGCUCGUGCAGCUGACCCUCACCUUCAUCCACCGGGACCUGAGCAGAGACAGACCGCUCGUCCUGCUGCUGCACAUCCUGCAGCUCGGACCCGUGGUCAGGUGUCUGGAGGCGUUCUGCAUAUACGGCAGCGUGGGGCGCGUGGAGGAGCCUUAUGUCAGCAUCACCCGCAAGAAGCAGAUGCCCCGCGGGGGUCAGUCGGAGGAGGUGGAGCGGCAGGUGGGGCAGGCGGAGGGGAAGCUGUUCACGCACAGGGCCGCCUUCGCCCGCACCUCCGUCAUCCAGGCCUUCCUGGGAUCGGCCCCCCAGCUCACCCUGCAGCUCUACAUCUGCGUCCUGCAGCGGGGCGUGUCCAUCGGCAGAGGGACGCUGAUGGUCAUCUCCCUCCUGUCCAUCGUGUACGGAGCUCUGCGCUGCAACAUCCUGGCCAUUAAGAUCAAGUACGACGACUAUGAGGUGGACAUCCAGCCCAUGGCCUACCUGUGCAUUUUCCUGUGGAGAGGUUUUGAGAUCGCCACCCGGGUGGUGGUCCUGGUCCUGUUCAGCUCCGUGCUGCAGCUCUGGGUCCUGCCCGUGGUGUUCCUCAACUUCUUCGUCUUCUUCCUCUACCCCUGGAUCCUGUUCUGGCAAAGCCACUGUCCCUUCCCCGAGAACAUCGAGAAGACGCUGACCAGGGUGGGCACCACCAUCGUCCUGUGUCUGCUGACCUUCCUCUACGCCGGCAUCAACAUGUUCUGCUGGUCGGCCGUGCAGGUGAAGCUCAACGACCCCGACCUCAUCAACAAGUCCCAGAACUGGUACCGCAUGGCCGUCUACUACAUGCUGCGCUUCGUGGAGAACGCCUCGCUGCUGCUGCUGUGGUACGUCCACAAAACCGACGUGUACCAGCUCGUCUGCGCGCCGCUGCUGGUGCUGCAGCUGCUGGUGGCCUACGCCAUCGCCAUCUUCUUCAUGCUGGUCUUCUACCAGUUCUGCCACCCCUGCCGGAGGCUCUUCUCCUCCAGCAUGACGCAGGGCCUGUGGGACUGCUCCUGCCUGGUCUGCGUGGCGUGCGGCUCCUCCCCUUCGCCUCAGCGCCGGCCGGCGGCGGCCGGGGCCGCGCCAGAGCCGCCGGCCUGCGGGGGCCCGGCCGGCCAACCCGCCCAGGAAACGGCCAGCGACAGCAGCGGCGACGCGCCCAACGACACCUCCUACGACGUGCUCGACGACACCAUCUACGACAUUCCCAACGACGGCGGCGAGGACGCCCCCCCCGCCGGGGUCAACGGCGACGCCAACGCUUAG